AGCUGCCUGCCAGAUGGGGAGGAAACCCUGUCCCUUUGUCCCCACAUCCCAGGGCUAUCUCCCUGGAAGUGGGGAGUGGCAGGGAGCCCCCCUGCCAGAAACCCCAGGGUGGGGCGGACAAUGCCCUCCACAGCCAUCUUGUGCCCGUCACCACUGCCCCAGGGCAGCUGAGCCAGCGAGACCACGCUGCUGCGCCUCUUUGGGCUGCUUUCUGGCAGCGCCUGUUCCUCUCAGCGUCAGAUGUAGGAGGAGUAGAAGAGGAAAGGACCAUUCCUCAGGCGUCCCGCUCUCUGUCUUCUUCUGUCUCUUCCCUGCUGUCUCUCUGUCCUGUCUGUCCCUCCCCUCGGCCCCAGUGAUGGCUCCUUGGCCUCCCUUUGGCUUACACCUCCUGCUGGCACCGCUGCUGCUGCUGCUGCUGCUGUCCCCACUGCCAUCGCUGCCCUUCUCGGGGAGCCGUCACUUCUCUGCCUCCAACACCACCUUCAACCACCUGGCACUGGCGCCAGGCCGGGGCACACUCUACGUGGGUGCCGUGAACCGCCUCUUCCAGCUCAGCCCAGAGCUGCAGCUCGAGGUCACUGCUGUCACCGGCCCUGUGGUUGAUAGUCCUGACUGUGUGCCUUUCCGCGACCCGGCCGAGUGCCCGCAGGCCCGGCUCACCGACAAUGCCAACCAGCUCCUACUGGUGAGCAACAGGACCCAGGAGCUGGUGGCCUGCGGGCAGGUGAGGCAGGGCGUGUGUGAGAAGCGGCGCCUGGGGGAUGUGGCCACGGUGCUGUACCAGGCCGAGGACCCUGGGGAUGGGCAGUUUGUGGCAGCCAACACCCCGGGGGUGGCCACGGUGGGCCUGGUGGUGCCCCUGCCUGACCGUGACCUGCUGUUGGUGGCCAGGGGACUGGCGGGCAAGCUGUCAGCUGGGGUGCCGCCGCUGAGUGUCCGCCAGCUGGCCGGGCCACAGUCCUUCUCAAGCGAAGGCCUGGGCCGCCUCGUGGUGGGCGACUUCUCGGACUACAACAACAGCUACGUGGCGGCCUUCGCCAACGCCCGUUUCGCUUACUUUGUCUUCCACCGCCGUGGCGCGCGAGCCCAGGCCGAGUACCGCUCCUACGUGGCCCGGGUGUGUCUGGGUGAUGCCAACCUCUACUCCUACGUGGAGGUGCCCCUGGCAUGCCAGGGCCAAGGCCUCAUCCAGGCUGCCUUCCUCACCUCGGGCACCUUACUGGGGGUGUUCGCUUCGGGCCUGAGUGGAGCGCGCACGGCCUUGUGUGCCUUUCCCCUGGCUGAGCUGGAUGGCAGCAUGGAGCGCACCCGGAGACUCUGCUACACAGCGGGCGGUUGGGGCCCCAGCGGCACGGAGGAAGCCACUGUGGAAUAUGGUGUCACGUCACGCUGCGACACCCUGCCCCCAGACUCGCCUGAGUCGUACCCCUGUGGGGAUGAGCACACCCCCAGCCCCAUUGCUGGCCGCCAGCCCCUGGAGGCCCAGCCCCUGCUACAGGUCGGGCAGCCCGUGAGUGCCGUGGCAGCCCUCGAGGUGGACGGGCGCACCAUCGCCUUCCUGGGAGACACACAAGGCCAGCUGCAUAAGGUCUUUGUCAACAGCUCCCAAGGCCAGGUGUACCACUCCCAGCAAGUAGGGCCCCCAGGAGCAGCCAUCAGCCCUGACCUGCUGGUGGACAGCAGUGGCAGCCACCUGUACGUCCUGACCGCCCAACAGGUGGCCCGGGUCCCUGUGGCAACCUGCUCCCAGUUCCCUGACUGCCCCAGCUGCCUCCAGGCCCGGGACCCGCUAUGCGGCUGGUGCAUCCUGCAGGGCAGGUGCACCCAGAAGGGCCAGUGCCAGCGGGCGACCCUGCCACGCCAGUGGCUCUGGAGCUACAAAGAGGACAGUCGCUGCCUGCAUGUCCAGAGCCUGCAGCCGGCCCAGCAGCCCCGGCAGGAGCAGGGCCAGGUCACCCUGUCUGUCCUCUGGCUGCCCACCCUGGCUGAGGAUGAAUACUUCCAUUGUGCCUUUGGGGACUAUGACAGCUUGGCUCUUGUGCAAGGUCCCCAUGUGGCCUGUGCCACCCCUCCCCAAGACCAGCUGCCACUUAACCCUCCAGGCACAGACCACAUCACCCUGCCCCUGGCCCUGAUGUUUGAGGACGUGGCCGUGGCCACCACCAACUUCUCCUUCUAUGACUGCAGCACCAUCCAGGCCCUGGAGGUGGCUGCCCCGUGCCGUGCCUGUGUGAGCAGCCCCUGGCGGUGCCACUGGUGUCCCCAGAGCAGCCAGUGUAUACACGGGGAGCACUGCCCAGAUGGGGAGAGGACAGUCUACAGUACCCAGGAGGAGGACAUCCAGGCACAUGGCCCAGGGGCCUGUCCCCAGGUGGAAGGUCUGGCAGGGCCGAACUUGGUGCCUGUGGGCUGGGACAUCGGUCUGGCCCUGCAUGUGAGGAACCUUCAGUACUUCCGAGGCCUGCCUGCCUCCUACAACUGCUGGCUGGAGCUGCCCGGAAAGCUGCAGAGGUUGCCGGCCUCCCUGCAGGAGACGGCUGGGGACCGGGACAGGGAUGGGGGCGCAGGUCUCAUUCACUGCCAGGCCCAGAAGUUCCACCCUUCCACGUCCCAGUGGGAGCUCCCGGUGCCCAUCUACGUCACCCGGGGGGAGACCCAGCGGCUGGACAAUGCCCGCACUCUUCAUGUGACCCUGUACGACUGCGCUGUGGGCCACCCUGACUGCAGCCACUGCCAGGCGGCCAACAGGAGCCUGGGCUGCCUGUGGUGCAGUGACAGCCAGCCUGGCUGUCGCUAUGAGCGGCUGUGCCCACCAGGGGCUGUGCAGCUGCUGUGUCCCAUGCCCAGCAUCAAGGCGAUCGAACCCCUCACCGGCCCCCCAGAAGGCGGCCUGGCCCUCACCAUCCUGGGCUCCAACCUGGGCCGGACCUUUGCUGAUGUGCAAGAUGCCGUGAGUGUGGCCGGCCGGCCCUGCAGCCCCGACCCCUCUCGCUACCGCACCUCGGCUCGGAUUGUGUGUGUGACAUCCCCUGCCCCCAAUGGCACCACUGGGCCAGUUCAAGUGGCCAUCAAGAGCCGGCUGCCGGGCAUCUCAGCCCAGCAUUUCACCUAUCAGGACCCCAUCCUGUUGAGCCUGAGUCCUCAGUGGGGCCCACAGGCAGGUGGCACCCAGCUCACCAUCCACGGGCAGCACCUGCAGACGGGAGACAACAUCAGUGCCUUUGUGGGUGGCCAAGCCUGUCCCAUCCUGGAGCCCAUGUGUCCAGAGGCCAUUGUGUGCCGCACCAUGCCCCAGGCCAUGCCAGGAGAAGCAGCAGUCCUUGUGGUCUUUGGCCAUGCUGAGCGCAAACUGCUUACCAGCCCUUUCCGCUACACUGCCAACCCAAGGCUCCUGGCAGCAGAGCCCAGUGUCAGCUUCCGGGGGGGCGGGCGGCUGAUCCGCGUGAGGGGCACGGGACUAGACACUGUGUGGCAGCCCCUGCUGUCUGUGUGGCUGGAGGCUGAGGAGAAAGUACAGGCUUUGGGGAAUUCGAACCCCAGGAGGACCUGCGGGGACCCAGCUGCAGGCCGCCAGACUUGUGUUCAGCUUGCAGAGGGCUUGCUACAGUGCUCCACCAUCUGCUCGGUCAACUCGUCCAGCCUCCUCCUGUGCCGAAGCCCCGCUGUGCCAGACGGGGCCCACCCAAAGCGGGUGUUCUUUGCCCUGGAUAAUGUGCAUGUGGACUUUGCCAGCGCCAGUGGGGGUCAGGACUUCCGGUACCAACCCAACCCAUACCUGGCCCCGCUCAGCCGUGAGGGGCCAUCUCAUCCCUACCGCCUGAAACCGGGCCACGUCCUGGACGUGGAGGGUGAGGGCCUCAACCUGGGGAUCAGCAAGGAGGAGGUGCGUGUGCACAUAGGUGAUGGCGAGUGCCUAGUGAAGACGCUCACGCUCACACACCUCUACUGCGAGCCACCACCGCAAGCUCCACAGGCGGCCAACGGCUCAAGUGCGCUACCGCAGUUCGUGGUGAGCAGGCAGCUGGACGGAGGGCGGGGCAUGUGUGUGUGUGUGUGUGCGUGUGUGUGCACGCUGCAGGCCACCCAGGCUCAGGACCCCACCCCCCAGGUGCAGAUGGGCAACGUGCGCCUGGCCCUGGGCCCUGUCCAGUAUGAGGCGGAGCCCAUGUUGCCUGCCUUCCCCGUGGAGGCCCAGGUGGGCCUGGGCAUGGGUGCCGCUGUGCUGAUCGCCGCUGUGCUCCUCCUCACACUCAUGUACAGGCACAAGAGCAAGCAGGCCCUGCGGGACUACCAGAAGGUGCUGUUCCAGCUGGAGAACCUGGAGACGGGUGUAGGUGACCAGUGCCGGAAGGAGUUCACAGACCUGAUGACCGAGAUGACAGACCUCAGCAGUGACCUGGAGGCCAGCGGGAUCCCCUUCCUGGACUACCACACGUAUGCCGAACGCGCCUUCUUCCCAGGCCAUGGAGGCUGCCCACUGCAGCCCAAGCUCCAGGGGCCCGGGGAAGAGGGCCGCCACACCACUGUGUGCCAGGGCCUCACCCAGCUCUCCAACCUGCUCAACAGCAAGCUCUUCCUCCUCACACUCAUCCACACCCUGGAGGAGCAGCCCAGCUUCUCCCAGAGGGACCGCUGCCACGUGGCUUCACUGCUGUCCCUGGCACUGCAUGGCAAGCUGGAGUACUUGACAGACAUCAUGAAGACUUUGCUCAGCAACCUGGCGGCCCAUUAUGUGCGCAAGAACCCCAAGCUCAUGCUUCGCAGAACAGAAACCAUGGUGGAGAAGCUGCUUACCAACUGGCUGUCCAUCUGUCUCUACAGCUUCCUGAGGGAAGUGGCUGGUGAGCCCCUGUACAUGCUCUUCCGUGCCAUCCAGUACCAGGUAGACAAGGGUCCUGUGGAUGCCGUGACGGGCAAGGCAAAACGGACCCUAAAUGACAGCCACCUGCUGCGGGAGGAUGUGGAGUUCCGGCCUCUGACACUGAUGGUGCUGGUGGGGCCCAGGGCUGGCGGGGAUGCAGGUGGCAGUGAAGUGCAGCGCGUGCCAGCCCGGGUGCUCGACACGGACACCAUCACCCAGGUCAAGGAGAAGGUGCUGGACCAAGUCUACAAGGGCACCCCCUUCUCACAGAGGCCCUUGGUGUAUGCCCUCGACCUCGAGUGGCGCUCGGGCCUGGCUGGUCACCUGACCCUGUCAGACGAGGACUUGACAUCAGUGACUCAGAACCGCUGGAAGAGACUCAACACUCUGCAGCACUACAAGGUCCCCGAUGGUGCAACCGUGGGGCUCAUUCCUCAGCUGCACGGUGGUGGUGGUGCGGUCUCCCAGAGCCUGGCGCAGAGCUGCCCCUCCGGGGAGAACAUCCCCAUGCUGGAGGAUGGCGAGGAGGGCGGGGUGCGCCUGUGGCAUCUGGUGAAGGCCACUGAGGAGCCGGAAGGGGCCAAGGCGCGACGCAGCAGCCUCCGGGAGCGGGAGCGGGCUCGGGCCAAGGCCAUUCCGGAAAUCUACCUCACCCGCCUGCUCUCCAUGAAGGGCACACUGCAGAAGUUCGUAGAUGACACCUUCCAGGCCAUUCUCAGCGUGAGCCGGCCCGUGCCACUCGCCGUCAAGUACCUAUUCGACUUCCUGGAUGAACUGGCAGAGAAGCAUGGCAUCGAGGACCCAGAGACCCUGCACAUCUGGAAAACCAACAGCCUGCUGUUGCGAUUCUGGGUGAACGCCCUGAAGAACCCACAGCUCAUCUUCGAUGUGCACGUGUCAGACAACGUGGAUGCCAUCCUGGCUGUCAUUGCACAGACCUUCAUCGACGCCUGCACCAUCUCAGAGCACAAAGUGGGCCGGGACUCCCCCGUGAACAAGCUGCUCUACGCCCGAGAGAUCCCUCGCUACAAGCAGAUGGUGGAGAAAUACUACCUGGACAUCCGCCGCAGCUCGCCCGCCAGCUACCAGGAAAUGAACUGCGCUCUGGCUGAGCUCUCUGGGAACUACACCUCUGCCCCCCACUGCCUGGAGGCUCUGCAAGAGCUAUACAACCACAUCCACAGGUAUUACGACCAGAUUAUCAGUGCCCUGGAGGAGGACCCCGUGGGUCAGAAGAUGCAGCUGGCCUGCCGCCUGCAGCAGAUUGCCGCCCUGGUGGAGAACAAGGUGACUGACCUGUGAGCUGAUGUAAAGCGGGACCUGCUGUGGCUUUGCCUCACUGUGACCCCAGGACCAAGCCAGGGAGCCAGAUGGGAGGCACCCCACCGGGCUUGUUUCUAACUUAUGACAUUCCUUACCCUUCUCCCACUGUAUUUAUUUGCACGCUGAAAUAAAAUUGAAGAGUCUGUUUUUGAAAAAGCCCAAUCCCCAGUCCCUUGCAGUUCACUGCCACAGCCCCAGCAGUCCC